AUGCCUCCUGUUUUUUCCCCAGACCUAUCCAGCUCUAUUGCUUCCACAAAGCCAACUCUUCUUAAUCGUCGCGAAGAUAGCAUUCGAAGGAAGAACCAGCGAUCCUCCUCGUGGUCCGCUUGGGUCCCUCCCCCGCUACUUAGACAACUUAAUGACAAAACUUCUCCAAUCAGAUCCAGCAGUCUGGGACGACAAGUCAGCCCAAAUAUUACCCCAAUAUCCGAGUGGAAGGAAAUCAAAAAGAGAAAGGGAAGUUUUCGACAAUGGGGCAAACGAAAGGACAAAAAGUCAGUCACUUUUGAUGAGGAUGUAGGGGCAAGCCUUCAUGAUUUUGAGAGCGCAUCAGGAACGGUUCGAAGGCAGAAGUUGUGUGGAGUAGAUUCGGUAUCUAGUCUCUUUUCCAGAACAAUACCGGUUGAAGCACAAAACAGUGUGCUGGAUCCAGUCAGCAGGGUCGAUUUCGCCAACCACUCUGCUACCGUCCCAGGAAGCUGGGUCGAGAGACACACACCUGGUCAAGAAGGGACGUAUGGUGAAUACUGGUCAAGUCUGCGACGCAAAAUCGAAGAGACUGCGAAACUGCGCGAGGAACAGCGCCAAAACCAAGUCACCAAAAGUGGCAGGGAACAACAAGGCAAUCGCAAGCAUCAGCGUACAGUGAGUCGCGAUGACCAGUUGAUUGCCCGUGGCGCCAAUCCUAGAACCGGCGUCGUAAGUCCCAGCGUCAUGAGUGGUGGGAGCAGUUGCAGUGCCCACGAUUCGCAGGAGGGGAAUGCCGCUCUCCAGAAGUGGCAUCUGAAGGGCAACGAGUGGAUAAGCUUGGACCAUGACGAAAAGCCCCCAGGAAAUGAAAUUUCACAAACCGAAAUUCCUAGUUUGCAGAGAAGCAUUGCCGGCCCUGUUGGGUUGAGCACUUCUGCUCACCCGGCAGAAGGUGCUCCAAAUUUGACUAAGCUAGAAGACAAGUUUGUUGUCAACAUGCCCUCCGCAAGGGAGCCAUCGCCGCUGCAAAUGACUGCCCAACAAAUUGUGGACUUCCAGAAGACUAUCGAACGUGUUCACCAUGAAGGUGAACAAAUGCUAGAUCCGGACACACUUCCAACACCCCGAUCCAUUACUCCCCCACGACUUAGCACUCCUCCCAGGCGAUUUACCAAAAAUCUCAAGGAGAAAAUCCUGGGACGCAAAAGGGGUGCCAAGUCACCAUCGCCACACUUCUCUGGUGGAGAAUCUCCGAACCGCGGUUGUGUCAAUGGUGAUCCAACUGGUCUAGACAAGCCUGUUCCUGGCAUAAAGGUGAAGCCCUGCAGUGACGAUCCCGGUCACCAGCAGUCAUGUGAGAAUAGAGAGAUGGAUCCGCAGCAGACCAUUUCCUCUCAUCUACAUGCUCAAGAUAUGAACCGAGAGCCUUUUUUAGGCCAAAACGGGGGCCAAGACGCGAAAUGUACCCACGCCUCUUGGCUCCGGACAGCAUUCUGUCCACAUUGCCUUUCGCUUCAGUUGAUGAACGCCCGCAAGUUUCCUGCCAGGGAGCCCAAGGCCCUCCAGGAAGACCCGAUAAGCUCCACAGUAGGCGAGGUAGAAUUGCUAGAGAGAAGCCAACAAUGUUAUUCUCUGACAAUGGCCCAUAUUCUACACGCCGAUCAUGGGCUCGCCAGAAAAAUUUCGAGACCAUCUAUGCAAAGAGAAACAGAAGAUCUCCAGAGGUCGGAAGCGCUGAAUUGCAGUCAACAACACACAUUGACAGAACAGGAAAAUCUGUCCACAAUCACUACCACUAUGACACCCACGUCCAUAAACACUUGUACCACAUCUAUGAGUCUCCCACUCAUAGAUCAGCGCCGAUUAAGCCACAACACCAAGCCCGAUGUCAAGCCCGAUACCAAUACCAGCACCCAUUCAAGCACACUUCCAGAAAAGGCAAGCCUCUGUCAUUCUGGGACAUGUUUCAAUCCUCAGCAGUGCCGUCACUGGUCCGAAACUUCAAGCAAAAACGUCAUCACCCUCGACGGAGGAGUAGAGGAAAACAUCAAUCACGACACCGGAAAAGUCAUCCUAAACCUAAGCCGAAAUAUGCAUGGGAACACCCGUAUCUCAGAAAGACUGGACGCCCAUAGAAAGGUGCCAUUCACCAGGUAUCAUGCUUUUCAUACCCAGAAUGGAUGUGUUAGCCCCGGUACGAGAAUAUGUGAUGCCCAAACGGCUCUUGUCACUACUGGCCUGUGCCAUUCUCCUAUGUGUCUGAAUACGAUUUCGCCCAUGGGUGUAAAUCCACCUAUAAAUCGAUAUUGCCAAAGCAUCCAAGGAAGAGAUGCUCGAGGAAUGAAAUAUGAAAAUAGGAGCAAAUUGCUUGGCAAUCAAAAUAGCUCCACCCCGGAUACCCUCGCACCUGCAACGCAAUUUUUCCGUUAUAUUGUUCGUGAGCGUCAUACUCUCAAUUUCCUACGCCUUGCAGCUGUCCAAUUCCUUACCAUGACAUUACACUGCCUCAGAGUCACCAUGCAUUUGUGCGAUUGCUGUCAUAAGUUUUCAAAAACGGGCGUCCUUCCGCGUGCGCCUCGAAAUGUCAACGAUGCCGGAAUAUUGGUCAUAGACAUUGGGCGAGCAUGCGUUUACUUUGCUAUAAUGAUUGUUGUGUGCACACUUUUGGCAAAAGGAUUGGGUUUUCUGGCCACAGUUGCUUCAUGGUUAGCUUGGCCUCUAAAGAUUUUGGGUUUCGUGUAA